GUGAACCAUGUAAAUUGCGGUUUGGUUUCUUCUAUUUCAUAGCCUCUGUUUGAUUUGGUCUUCGUAAGAUAAUAAUAAUACAUGGAGGAAUCGUUUGUGCCUUUUCGCGGAAUCAAGAAUGAUCUUCAAGGGAGGUUGUUGUGCUACAAGCAAGAUUGGACCAGUGGGUUACGCUCCGGCAUUGGGAUUUUGGCUCCCACAACUUACAUAUUUUUCGCAUCUGCUAUCCCUGUCAUAUCAUUUGGGGAGCAAUUGGAAAGAAACACUGAUGGAGUUAUUACAGCAGUUCAAACACUGGCAUCCACGGCGAUCUGCGGGAUUGUACAUUCGGUCAUAGGGGGCCAGCCGCUGUUGAUUCUCGGGGUAGCGGAACCGACCGUGCUCAUGUACACAUUCAUGUUUAACUUUGUUAAGGAUCGAGCAGAGUUGGGACCAAAGUUGUUCUUAGCAUGGACUGGGUGGGUAUCGGUGUGGACUGCCUUCUUGUUGUUUUUACUCGCCGUCCUUGGCGCCUGUUCUAUUAUUAAUAGAUUUACUCGUAUAGCCGGUGAGCUCUUUGGGCUACUUAUUGCAAUGCUUUUCAUGCAACAGGCUAUUAAAGGUCUCGUCGAUGAAUUCAAAAUACCUGAAAGAGAGAAUCCGAAAGCACUAGAAUUCGUUCCAUCCUGGAGAUUUGGCAAUGGAAUGUUUGCGCUAGUUCUGUCAUUUGGCCUUUUAAUUACUGCACUAAGAAGUAGAAAAGCAAGGUCUUGGAGAUACGGAGCUGGCUGGCUUCGAGGCUUCAUUGCAGACUAUGGGGUGCCACUAAUGGUUCUAGUAUGGACCGGGGUUUCUUAUAUACCGUCUUCUAGCGUUCCUAAAGGUAUUCCUCGGCGCCUUUUCAGCCCAAAUCCUUGGUCACCAGGUGCAUAUUCUAAUUGGACAGUCAUCAAGGAAAUGUUGGAUGUGCCGAUUCUAUACAUAGUUGGAGCUUUCAUUCCAGCUACAAUGAUCGCGGUCCUUUACUAUUUUGACCAUAGUGUGGCCUCUCAGCUUGCUCAGCAGAAGGAAUUCAAUCUGAGAAAACCUCCAUCCUUUCACUAUGACUUGCUUCUUCUAGGCUGUUUGACUCUAUUAUGUGGCCUCCUCGGGAUUCCCCCAUCGAAUGGUGUUAUUCCACAAUCUCCAAUGCAUACAAAGAGUUUGGCUACUCUUAAGCAUCAGCUGCUCCGUAAUCGAUUAGUAGGUACUGCACGUGAAAGUAUGAGUCAGAAUUCAAGCUUGAGCAAACUGUAUGGAGAUAUGCAAGAAACUUAUCAGCAAAUGCAAACUCCAUUGAUCUACCAAGAGCCAUCAGCCCGAAGAUUAAAGGAGCUCAAAGACUCCACAAUUCAGCUGGCAUCUAGCCUUGGAAACAUCGAUGCACCAGUUGACGAGUCAGUAUUUGACGUAGAGAAGGAAAUUGACGAUCUUUUACCUGUCGAGGUUAAAGAGCAGCGUCUCAGUAACUUAUUGCAGUCUUUGAUGGUUGGAGGUUGUGUCGCAGCAAUGCCUAUUCUCAAAAUGAUCCCAACUUCUGUACUUUGGGGCUAUUUCGCCUUCAUGGCUAUCGAAAGUUUGCCUGGCAACCAAUUUUGGGAGAGAAUUCUACUCUUCUUCACUGCUCCAAGCAAAAGAUAUAAGGUGCUUGAAGAGUAUCAUGCAACAUUUGUGGAAACUGUGCCUUUCAAGACAAUUGCUUAUUUUACGCUUUUCCAGACUGUUUAUUUGUUGCUAUGCUUUGGAAUAACUUGGAUUCCUAUUGCUGGAGUUCUGUUUCCUCUCAUGAUCAUGCUUCUAGUUCCUGUGAGGCAAUAUUUCCUACCGAAACUUUUCAAAGGAGCUCAUCUUACAGAUUUAGAUGCGGCAGAAUAUGAAGAAUCACCGGCAUUGCCAUUCAAUUUAGUAACAGAGAUCGAGUCUGGGAUGAUACAUUCAUUUGCUCAGACCAGAGAUCUUCUAGAUGAGAUGGUAACAAGAAGUCGUGGUGAGAUCAAGCAUAUAAAUAGUCCCAAACUUACUAGUUCUAAUGGCACACCAGCCUCGGAUUUAAAGGGACUGCAUAGCCCUCGAAUGAGUGAAUUGAGGCAGAUAGCAAGUCCUCGUUUUGGGGCAAUAUCGCCUUUCAGUCCAAGGAAUGGAGAAGCAAGGCCAUCUAAAUUGGGGGAGGGUGUUCGAGGUUCAACUUCAAAGCAGUAAGGAAAAAGAAAACUAUGCGUUCUUGCCGCUUUGGUUGGAUCCUUUGUUGUUAACGUCCAUGAAGUGAAGAUAUAUGUUGGUUUUGGUUUCUGUUAUCAUGUAAAAUCUUGAGCCUUCUAGUUUUCAUUGUAAUAUUGGAAUCACAUGAAAAUAGAGUUAGCAGUGGCGAUGCUAUUAUUUGUCUUAGCAUUUGUAUUCUUUUACUUGUAUGCAUAAUGAAAUACUAUCAAUUUCCUUGUUGCUGCUUAA